AUGUUAGAAGAUUUUCUUGAAAAGUUUAAAACUAUAUUAAAGACUGGAAACGAGACACUCGGAAUUCCGAUUCUUGAUCCGUUUAAUGCAGACCGGUUAGAUAUCAGAUUAAAUGAGGAAAAAAUAAAAUUGGAUGCGCUCUUGACGGAGGCCAACGUAAUCGGUUUGUCCGAAUAUGAUGUUAUUAAUGCUGACUACACCCUGUCCAAAGAAAUUUUCUUGGAACUUCAUCUUUCGUGGCCACUGUCGAUAGCCGCGAGUACUAAUUAUUCUAUGAACGGUAAAGUUGAUGCCUUCGAAAUUUACGGCAAGGGUGAUAUAAACAUGACCGCGCAAAAAUUCACUUUUGACACGGAAAUUAAGUUCAUAAUGGACGACGGGCUAACCGGACACUUGAAAGUAAAAAACAUGAAAUUGAAGCUUUCUUUAAAUUCACUAGAU